AUGUCUGAAUUUAUUAUCAAAGAUGAAGAUUUGACCAGCCUUAAGGGCAAGGUAGUUAUUGUUACCGGCGGUUCUUCAGGAAUUGGUCUAGCAACUGUCAACCUCCUGUUAUCGUUAGGUGCAUCGGUUAUCAGCGCCGACAUCAACUCACCCCCGGAGCCAAUAUCGAACCCAGCCUUCUUAUUUGUGCAAACCAAUGUGUCUAAAUGGACCGAUCUUACUACUUUGUUCAAGAGCGCUAAGGAACAUAACGGCCGCAUCGAUUACGUCUUUGCCAAUGCCGGUAUUGGUCCACGGGCCAAUUACUUGGUCAUUGAAUCAGACGACAAUGGAGAUCUCAAAGAGCCAGUUCAUGAUGUGCUUGAGGUUAACUUCAAAAGUGUGGUCAACACCGCUUGUCUCGCCAUUCAUUACUUGAAGCAGCAAGCUGAGGGUGGUAACAUUGUGCUCAUGGGAUCCAGCACCGGUCUACAACCCUUGAGAGCUCCCGAUUAUUCUGCCGCCAAAGCUGGUGUUUUAGGCUUUGGAAGAUCCAUCCAACGAACCAUCAAAGCCGCCGGUCUCCCCAUUCGCGUCAACACUCUUGCCCCAUCCUGGACUUCCUCGCAGGUCUUGCCAAAUCUGGACGGGAUCAUGGCCGCCAUCUCGCACAAGGCUCAACCCCCAUUGGUCGUUGCACGCUCUGCUGCUUAUCUGAUGACUACCACCUCCAGAGAGGGAGAUAUCAUCUAUGUAUCUGACGGAAAAUACACGGAAAUCGAGCAGUCGAUACUUGCACCCGCAUAUGCAACCAUUAAAGGAGAUGGACCUAGUGAUGAUGAUAUUUUGGAGCGUAUUUUUGGAUUGUGUGCAUAG